CGUUUUAUCUUCCCUCCUCCUUUUCUUCUUUUUCUUCGUCUUCGUCUUCGUCUUCGUCUUCUUCGUUGUUCCAUAGAGUGAGGACCAACCAUGAAAGACUUCUUCACGAUUCUGGUUCUCGCGCUUCUGAUCGGCUGUUUCGCUACCGCCGUGAGGUCUGACGACUCCGAUCACCGCUACAAGGACGGAAAUCCUGUCCCUCUCUACGCUAACAAGGUCGGCCCUUUCCACAACCCGAGUGAGACAUAUCGCUAUUUCGAUCUGCCUUUCUGUUCAGGAGGUGAUGUUAAGGAGAAGAAAGAAGCUCUUGGGGAGGUGUUGAAUGGAGACCGUCUUGUUAGUGCUCCAUAUAAACUUGAAUUCAAAAAAGAGAAGGAAUCUGAAGUUGCUUGUACGACAAAGCUGAAAAGGGAAGAUGUUGCUAAGUUUCGAGAUGCCGUGAAAAAGGAUUACUACUUCCAAAUGUAUUAUGAUGACUUGCCAAUCUGGGGUUUUAUCGGAAAGGUUGAUAAGGAGGGAAAAGCUGACCCAAGUGAAUACAAAUAUUUUCUUUACAAGCAUAUUCAUUUCGAGAUUCUCUACAACAAAGAUCGUGUGAUCGAAAUCAGUGCUAAAAUGGAUCCUCAAUCUGUGGUAGACCUGACCGAGGACAAACAGGUUGAUGCUGAUUUCACGUACACUGUGAAGUGGAGGGAAACCGAUAUUCCUUUUGAGAAGAGAAUGGACAAGUAUUCACAAUCUUCUUCACAGCCGCAUCACUUGGAAAUUCACUGGUUCUCAAUCAUAAAUUCAUGUGUUACAGUGCUGCUAUUGACUGGUUUCCUUGCAACAAUCCUCAUGCGGGUUUUGAAGAAUGAUUUCAUGAAGUAUGCACAAGAUGAGGAAGCUGCUGAUGAUCAAGAAGAAACUGGAUGGAAGUACAUCCAUGGUGAUGUUUUUAGGUUUCCAAAGUACAAGUCUUUAUUUGCUGCUGCCCUUGGUUCUGGUACACAGUUGUUCACUCUCACUGUAUUCAUUUUCAUGCUUGCACUGGUUGGUGUCUUCUACCCAUACAAUAGAGGAGCUUUAUUCACUGCAUUGGUGGUCAUAUAUGCGCUCACAUCUGGAAUUGCAGGAUACACGGCAACUUCUUUCUAUUGUCAGCUUGAAGGAACAAACUGGGUGAGGAAUCUGUUACUUACAGGGUGCCUGUUUUGUGGACCCCUUUUCCUCACUUUUUGUUUCCUCAACACUGUUGCCAUUGCUUAUAGUGCAACUGCAGCUCUUCCCUUCGGCACCAUUGUAGUAAUUGUUCUGAUAUGGACAUUAGUAACAUCACCUUUGCUUGUGUUGGGUGGUAUUGCUGGGAAGAACAGCAAAGCUGAGUUUCAAGCUCCUUGCCGCACGACAAAAUAUCCUAGAGAGAUUCCACCUUUGCCUUGGUACAGGGGUACUCUUCCUCAAAUGGCAAUGGCAGGAUUCCUUCCUUUUAGUGCUAUUUACAUUGAGCUUUACUACAUAUUUGCAAGUGUAUGGGGUCACAGGAUCUACACCAUCUACAGCAUUCUAUUUAUUGUUUUCAUCAUUCUCUUGAUUGUCACUGCCUUUAUCACUGUGGCUUUGACCUACUUCCAACUUGCUGCUGAAGAUCAUGAAUGGUGGUGGAGGUCUUUUCUGUGUGGUGGAUCAACUGGCCUGUUUAUCUAUGCGUACUGCUUGUAUUACUACUAUGCCCGUUCGGAUAUGUCUGGUUUCAUGCAAACCUCGUUCUUCUUCGGUUACAUGGCUUGCAUCUGCUACGGCUUCUUUCUGAUGCUCGGGAUGGUGGGCUUCCGUGCUGCUUUACUCUUUGUUCGUCACAUUUACAGGUCAAUCAAGUGUGAGUAAUGCAGACUGCAGUGGUCCAAUCUUCCUGGUAAAAUCUGUCCUUUUUACUUCUUCUGCAUCGUGGAGGAAUGUCUAUGAUUUUUGUUGUGGUAGGAUAGAGAAGUGCACUACGAAGCCAAUGAAGCAAACUUCCACUAAAUUGGGUCUUUUGGAACCUCUGUUGUACGUUUGCUUCAGGGCUUGGAAAAUAUUGGGCUCUACUUAUGUUGACUGUAUGUAUACGACAUUAAUGUGGAGAACAUCAUCUUGUACAACCACAUUUACCUUACUCUCGGAAACGACAUUUUACUCUUCUUUUUUAUUUUUAUUUUUAUUUUUAGCAAAAGUAACCAGUAUUUUUUCUCUUAUAUCCACUUUCCAGACUCAAGGAGAUUAUGUUGAAAUAGUAAUUCUUCUCUUACAUCCAA